AUGUCUCUUCCUUCUUCUUUACUGGAAUGUGAUCGUUGCUUUUCUUGUGGCAGCAUUAAUAAGCGUAAAAGUAUCAGAAGUUGUUCAAAUUGUCAACGGUCUUUUCAUUUAUCUUGCGUAGGAUUGACUAGAAAUGCUUCAGCGUCUCUGGUUGUUUGGAGUUGUUCAUAUUGUCUGUCUCUCUCGGCUCUACAAGAUAGUGUGAUCCAUCAACAUAAUGAACGGACCCAAAGAGAUGCCAGUGAAGUUUUGAGGGCAACCUCACUCCUUAGGAAAUUCCGCAAGGUGCCUUUAAAAAUCCCUAAAUCUGUCAGAAUCCCGGCAGCCGAUGCCUUGGCUACUGCCAUAGACCGGGCACUUAACUUGAACAGCUCGCUUGGCCGGGAUUACCUUUUCUCUUUCGAAACACUUGUUCUCGGCAUUUCUUACAAUAAGGACCCUAAAUCACCUGUCUCAUCUAUUAUGAAAAAUAAUAUUUCUUUAUUCAAUUCGUCUAAAAUAAAUGCCACCAAAUUUUCUAAUCUUUCUAAUUCUAAUAGAUUUCAUCCUUCAUCUACAGUCGACGAUUCUAAGAGACUCCGUGCCCUCAUCAAUGCUAAGUUGAUCGAGGGUGAUGUCUCAGCUGCAGUUAGAGUAUUGGCUUCAUCCGAUACUAUACUAGCUACUACACCAGAAGUUCUCACAGCUCUCCGUCGGAAACAUCCUGCGCAACCAUCAGAUAUCAGAUUUGUUCAGAUGGAAAAAAAAACUGAUUCAAAUAUUGAAAUCUCAAAAGAAGCAAUGGUUACCGCUCUGAAGUCUUUCUCGGGAAGCAGCAGUGGAGAUGUGAUCGGCCUUAAUUUCUGCCCACACUGCCGAAGCUGGUGA